AUGGACAAGGAAAUGGCCAGCUCAUUUCAAAUUAUAUCAACCCUUCGCUACGAUCCCGCACUUCCGAAUGUGCUCAGGGCAUCUCCCUCAGAGUCGUAUCCCGAUACCCUGUGCACACCGUAUUACCUCCUCCCGUACCAUCAAGACCGUCUCCUCAGCGCAGCGCAAUGUUUCAAAUGGCAAGCCGCGAUAGAAUUCCUUGAGAAAGAUAGAGAUCAGUUCCUCCAGUUUCUCGACACGUUCAUACCGGACAAGACGAAACCGUGGCGUCUCCGGAUCGUGAUUGACCAGCAUGGAGUCGGCACGGUCGAGGCCAACCCGACGACAACAAUUGAUCUCUCAGGUCUUCUCGUCCCUUCCGAAACGAACACCUCGUCGAGCCCAUGGCGUGUCUAUGUAGACACACAACCUACCACUCCCUCCGCGUUUACUACACAUAAGACCACUGCGCGGGAUGAUUAUACCUCUGCGCGCCUUCGUUCGGGAAUCCAAUCUCCGCAGGAGCAGGCUGAGGUGCUAGUUGUGAACCCACAGGGCGAAAUUAUGGAGGGAAGCAUCACGACGCCAUAUUUUAGGCGCAAGGAGUCAGUAUCUGAGACCGACGACCGUGCGGGUCAAGCGAUCGGACCAGAUUGGAUCACACCACCCCUCUCCAGCGGUGGCAAUGCGGGCACAACGAGACGCUACGCGUUGGCUCAGGGGUUUUGCACCGAAAAGAUCAUUCGAGCUACGGAUCUGAUUGACGGGGAAGAGUGCUGGCUCAGCAAUGGAGCUCGCGGUUUCAUUCGUGGGAUAGUUGUGCUUAAAGGAUAG